CAGUAACACAUCAUUGAACACAGAAUCAUUGGGCUGCUGUAUUUCUGAACUGCACCUCGUUUGUUGAAGGAAUUGUCCUGCCACCUACCCUGGAUGUGGCAUAUUCAAUAGUAGAGUGUACAUCUUCUUGUUAGGUGCAUAUGCAACUGGCAGGAUAUCACCUGUCCAGAGCUAAUGUCAGUGCAGCCCACGCCGAGAAGCCUGGGCGAAAGCGGUUCUUUGGAUGCUGCCAAUGUAGCGGAUCUCACGAAUCAGGUGUUCGAAGUAUUGGCUAACGGCCAAGACACUAUUGGACUCGCUGAUUUUAGAAGCACAGCAAAAUUUCUAGCACAACUGUCAGAAGAUUAUACUGCAGCUCCUGACGAAGCUUUUGGCAGAAUAGACGAAAACCAUGAUCUGAGAAUAGACCGGAACGAGUUUGAGCAGGAGAUCAACCAGAUUCGAGGACUUCUGGGCACCCGAAAACUUGCCACAGCGCUGGGACAAGUUCAGCAGGACCUCCAAAUACGUCAGUCGUUCAACGAUGCUGAGGGUGUGGAAACUGCGACCGUGGAUAACCUGGAGACUCGCACUCAGGUUCUGGAGCAGAUGGUCGACUACUUCUCCACCCUGCAGAAAGAUUACAGCCACCGAUUGGAGGAUCUCAAGAAGCAGGCCGAGGUGCAGGGGCAAGAGACCCGUGCUCCGCCCCGGGCCCGCGUGUUUGCCCGCAAGGCGAAGGAAAAAGCGGAGGCGAAGGUGGAGGUGGCCCCUGAAUUGACUGCUACUCUCCAGCGGGCCGCCAACCAGUUGGAAGGCACGCUGACGAGACUCUCAGCUGUUGAGAAGGAGAGUGAGGAGCGUGCUCCGGAGGUGCUUGAACAGGAGGCCGAUGAAGCAGAAAGUGAGGAUGAACCCAAUGAUGUCACAGAUGAGGAGGAAGAGCCAGAUGACCCAGAUGAUCCAGAUGACCCAGAUGACCCAGAGGACCCAGAUAGUGAGGAAGAAGAUGACGAUGAAGACGACAUUGAUUCAGAUAGCGACCAAGACGGACAUGAGAACAAGGUUGGCAAGGCUGAUGCGAGUCGCAAACCCGGCGAAGCUCAAGGGGGGACUCCAGAGCCAAGUUUGGAGACCACCCUUUUGCUUGGGCCGGGAAGUCCUGAACCCGAAACCAAAAGUGCCGAAGCUGAGGAGUCGGGCAAGCCCGGAGCUGAACUGACCGACAAGCCUGAGCCUGUGCCCGAAGAGCCUGCAGAGCCUGCAGAGCCUGCAGAGCAUGCAGAGCCUGCAGAGCCUGCAGAGCCUGCAGAGCCUGCAGAGCCUGAGCAUGGCUUUGAGGAGCCUGCAGAGCCCGAGCCUGCUGCGCCUGAAACUUCUCCGGAAGCCUCGGGAGAGGCUGAACAGCCAAAGAAGGAGGCCAAGAAAGGGAAGAAAAAGCCGAAGGCCAAACCGAAGAAGAAAGAGCAACAGCCAAAGAAGUCCGCAACCGUGACAAGUCAGCCCGCGCGCACAGCAACUCCGCAGAGGCCCAGUACUACAUCCGUGGCACUCCAGCCAGACCAUCCGAAGCAGACGACCCCGAGAGUUGCCAAUGCGAAGGUGGACGAGGAAGGCAUGCGAUGUGUGCAAACUUUGGAGAUGGGCUUAGCAAUUCGCAAUGCGAUUUGCAUUGGUAAGGAAGUGUGGACAGUGGAUUGGGCAGGCAAUGUGACUGUGCGCGAGCGGGAUGAUGCAACAAAGGUGCGGUCUGAGAUUCCGACCAAUCGGUUUGUUUGGAGUAUGCUCCACAUGGAGCCUCACCUGAUGUGGAUGGGGCAAGAGGCCAUGGGUAUUUCUCUUUUUGACACGAAGCGAAAAGAGUUCAAGGGCUGUUUGACCGGCGGGCACACAGGCGGCGUGACCUGUCUUGCCUCCGGGGAUGCAGCAGAGGUGGCGACCGAGGGUCAGAUUCCUCGGAGGCGCGCAUGGAGUGGGAGCAACGACUUCACCAUCCGACAAUGGACCAUUGAAACUUGGCAUUCCAAAGCCGGGGCUCCUCCGCUGAAGGAUGCAUUUAUAGUGGACAUGGGCAAGUUCAAGGUUGGAAUCCUGAAGGGCUUGCAGAUGCACGGGCACAAGAACGGUGUGCGGUGCAUGAUUCGAAUUGGCCCAACGCUGUGGUCCGGUGCAGAUGAUGGAACCAUUCGCUUGUGGUGCACGGCCACUGGCACCUGCAACGAGGUGGUUGAAAAGGCGCAUGCCGGCUCGGUGUUGAAAAUGGCGGUUGUGCGCUCCUUCAUUUGGUCUUCCGGCUCUGAUGGCUUUAUUCGGGAAUGGACUCUGGGCGGGCCUGAGCGCCAGUGCGUGCGCCAGAUUGCCCCGGAGGGCUUUGACAAAGGCGCUUACGCAGUCGUUCCCCUUGGAUACGAUGUCUGGACCUGUGGGCACCAUCCCAACAUCCAGGUCUUCUCUCAAGCGGAUUUCUUCAAGACCGCGGAGCAUCCUGCUCAUGAGCCCUACGUUUCCAACCUUCUGACCGUUGACCGGGUCGAGACCAAGAUCGUAUGGUCCACCUCCAUCGGCGACAAGAAGCUGAAAGUCUGGCGCCACACCAUCCGCGGCGAGGUGCCAUCCAUCGACGAGCUGAAAGCUGCGAAUCGGCUCUUUGAAGAGGAGGAGGAGGUUCGGGCCAAGCGCUUGGAGGAUAUCGCCAAGCGCAGCUCCAUGCUGGAAGAUCAGCUUUCUGUUUCGGCGGAGGAGUACAGAAACCAGCUCGAGGCCUUGGCGACAGACCUGGCCAGCUCCAAGGCGCGGGCGGAAGAGCUGGAUGCCAGGUGCAAGACCCUGGAGGAAGAGCUCGAGGGCCUCCGGAAGCUCUUCGAGGAUCUGGGGCUGGGAAAGCUCAUGGAGGACCCAGACGCCUUGGCCGCCUUCCUUCGCAGGGCGCUGUCUUUUGAAAAGAUCUUCAAAGACUUGGGCCUGGAGCACUUCCUCGAAAAUCCGGAGGAGCUGCGACGGGUGCUGGAGGCAUUUGCAGACCUUGGGUUGGAGCACUUGCUGCACAACCCAGAGGAGCUGAAACAGUUUCUCAGCUCAGCCAAGCAGCUGAAAGAAAUGCUGGAGGCAGCUGGAUUUGGAGACGUCUUCAAUGACCCCUCCAAGCUGGAGGAACUCAAGCAAAGCCUGGAUCUACUCAAGCAGGUGCGUGAGCUUUUCGAGCAGCACGGGCUGGGCGACGCGUUCAAGGAUCCGGCGCUGCUGGCGGAGAUCCUAUCUCGCUAUGAGGGAUUGCGGAAAGCCUUCGAAGAGUUUGGCUUCUCGGAUCUCUUCGAGGAUCCGUACAAUCUCAAGGGCUUCCUGCGGAACUACGCCAAGCUACGCGAUGCAUUCAGAGAGCUGGGCCUGGAGUACCUCCUGGACAGCGCGGCUGCCAUGAGGGACUUCCUGAAAGGACACACCUCUGGGGAGAAGGAGCUUCUGGACCUGCGUGCAAAGGCCUCAAGGCUGGAGGAGGUCGAAGAGAAGCUGAGACGGAGAGACGAGGAAUUGGCUCGGGCAAAGGAGGAGGCCAAAAGCCUGCGCGAGCGGCUCGCAGCUUACGAAGCAGUCGGCGACUUGGAGUCGUUCAAGCGCUGGAAGAGUGAGGCUGCAGAGCUCCGCGCCUUGAUGCGGGCCAAGGGCAACGCAGACAGCGAGCUGGCCGAGCUGCGGCGGAUCUUGGAAGAGAAGGAGCGCGAGCGGCAAGAGGCUUUGGAACGAGAAAGGCUUAUGGCGAUAAAGUACAAGGAGCUGGAUAUUUUCAAGUUGGACAUCAUCGCGCGAGAGCUGAAAGCCCUGGACAAUGAGCUUGGGAUGGUUGGCAAAGAGGCCAAGUUUCUUCAGCACAGCGCCGGGCGGCUCAAAGAGUUUGGGGAGCAACAGCAGAUCCAUCAGCAUGGCUGCAAAAUGUUGGACCAAUGUGUUCAGCUUCGGGCACAUAUCCGGGACGUGAUCAACAAAUGCCUUUCGGAGACGCAGAAGCUUCACAUUGGGGCUGCUAUUGAUGACCACCUUGCGGCUGGCGAGCUGAAGGAUGGAGGAGUGAUGGCUGGAUUUGUUUGCGAGGAGGUUGAGGCGUCGGUACACGGAUCUUCCAAAGCCGCGCGCCUGCGACAAGCGGACGAGAUGAAUCGCGAGAGACGGAUGCAGAGUCGACCCGGCACCGGGAGGCAGCCGGGCUGACGAAGCUUCGUCCGCCUCCGCGGAGGGCAUCCUUUUCGCGACCCUUUUUGUGGUGCAAAAAGGAAGCGGUCCAAACGGAAAGCUUCCUGACAUACCAGAGAACAUGAACUUUCAGCUUCAGAGUUCGGUCCCCUCUGGGGGAUCUGCUAAUGCACCGUCUGCCAUGGCGCGAAGUGCCAUGGGCAUGUAGGCUGCCAUUCAAAGUGCCAAUGGCAGAAGAGUAGUGAGGACGCAGCUCUUGCAAGGAAGUGUCAACUCGGCCUUCG